AACCUGUUUGCCUCGCACAGAGAGGAGUUACGAGAUCAGAGGAGAGACAGCAAAAUAUCUCGGUUGUUCUGUUGCAAGCGAACGAAAGAUCAAGAUUGAACACACAAUUUGUCGCUUAGAUUGAACUAGAAACCACAAGCCCCAAGCCUUCUAUAAAUCAGACGCGAUUUCAUAACUAUACGUAAAGUGAGAUUUGGAAGUACGCGGCCACAGAAGCCAAAUUGUAUGUGUGAAGUGCUAACUGUUAGCUGACCGGCUACAUAGCUCAGCCAUUGAUUCAAUGGCGUUGAAAAGAAUUCAGAAGGAACUGUCUGACCUGCAGAGGGACCCGCCUGCACAAUGCUCCGCUGGACCAGUUGGAGAUGAUUUGUUUCAUUGGCAGGCAACAAUAAUGGGUCCCAGUGACAGUCCUUAUCAAAGCGGAGUGUUUUUCCUCACCAUUCACUUCCCGACAGAUUACCCCUUCAAACCACCCAAAGUUGCAUUCACAACAAAAAUUUACCACCCUAAUAUCAACAGCAAUGGAAGUAUUUGCCUGGAUAUACUGAGAUCACAAUGGUCACCUGCACUUACAGUUUCAAAAGUAUUAUUGUCUAUCUGCUCUCUUCUUUGUGAUCCAAACCCGGACGACCCGCUGGUACCAGAGAUCGCCCAUACAUACAAGGCUGACAGGGAAAAGUACAACAAAUCAGCAAGAGAAUGGACACAUAAGUAUGCAAUGUGAGAAUGCGAGGGAGAUCAAAAUACAAAUGAGAACAAAAAGAAACACGUUUGAUUUGUAACUUGAGGCAAAUGAGCAACAGAGGGAGAAAAAAAAACUAGACAACAUCUUUUGGAGGAGGAAGCGAUACAAUGAGGUACAGUGCCACCUGGCUUUCCAUGUGCUGAGCUGCUACCAUGUGCUGUCUUCAUGACUUGUAUGGAUCUGCUGAGCAGGACCUGACAGGCUCCUUAAAGCACUCCCAUAUGGAAUACCGGAAACUCUUCACAGUCCAUACCACCACACUCAGACUUUAAACUGUUACUCCUGCUUUUGUGAUUAUCACUAUCAUUGUUGCUAUUCAUACGCAUCAUUUUCACUGUCGAUGAGUCAUAUCGUUGUGCUACUCGGAAAGCAAACUCUUUGAUUUAUUUCGGAGAUGUGCUCUCCCUUUUAUUUCAGAGGUACUGUCUGUGUCCCACUGGAUGUCUUGUUAUUACUGUAUUCUAUGUAUUUAGUGGCCUUUCUGUGUUAUUAUUUUCGGUAUAUGUGCAAUUGAGGCAGAAUGUUCCCUGUUCAACACAAAAUGGUGCAGUGCCAUUACCAGCAGCUGAUCUGUUGGCACAUGCUGUCUCUACCCCGAAACAAUGUGAACAAUGUAAAGAAGGAUUGAUCUCUUAACACUCACUGCAUUUUAAAUUGCAUCAGUACUUAGUGGGUUUGAGGACACUGGAGAGCUGCUGUUAUGAGCUAGCUGACCCUUGCCUCACUGCUGUGGGGCUCCAUAGGGCAAAUUGUCAACUAUCAUUUUUCUCACACAUGCUGUCAUUGCCUUUCUAUCCCGUAUAAGUAACCAUCCUUGGCUGGUGUCCAUAGUGCACAAAAAUACUACUGUUGUUUGACUUAUUACUUGUUGUGUAGCUAUGAGCAUAGCUACUCUUUGGCAUAUAGCUGAGCUGUGUGCCACCUCCUCAGUACAGUGACUCAGGUAUCUUACCAAAUCAUCAGCCUUUUACAUGCAGUGACUCAUUGUGAGAAAAAUGACCAGGUCCCACAACAUCAGGCCUCUAAAAAAAUUAGUACUGAUAUAAAUUCAAUGGUUUUGUUCAUAUAAAAGAGAAAACGCUCACGCUUCCUAAAGAGGCAAAAUGAUCAAAGACGGAUCAACACUCCUGAAGUUCUUUCUGCAUAUUUGUUGCCCUGUGUCGGUCUGAGUUGCACACAUAUGCUGUCCCAGAAGUACUGUCAUUUAGUUAUUUUCAUCACCGUCUCCAUUUAUUUUUGAACAACACUUGGAUGUGAACAGCUUUUAAACGAUGCUGUUAAACACGUACAUGCUACUGUUUUUCUAAAAGGAAAUGUCCCUUGGCUACAGCUGGCGUCACUUAUACUCAAAAUGGUCAUUUUAAACAGACUUGACAUUUUCAGAACAUGGUAAUUUCAAGUCAUGUACAUCUUGUUACUUGAGGUGAAUAAAAACAGUUGACAUGAUCAUUUCAUCUGCUUCAAAUGUCAAGUGAUGUGAAGUUUGUCAGCAUUUCUUUAUGUUCAUAUUCGGGUCUGCAAAGGUUUGUUUUGUUUUGGGAUUAAUAAUCCACACUGACAGUAAAACAGUUUGUCUCUGUGAUACAUUUGUGACCUCUUGUAUUGUAUCUUUGAAAGCUUUAGUGAUAGGCAUUUUUUUUUUCUUCAUGUCACCAGAAUUUAACAACAUUGUGAUGUGUCAUUGUGUAAUAUUGGUUUUAUUAUAAUCCAUUGUGACUGUUGGAUAAAGUAGUAAGGAAAUGCUAUGAUUUAUUUUUUGUUGUCAUGGCUCAUAAUGUGCUAAUGCUGCCAAUAUAAAGGGAAUUAUUAUAAAGGGGAAUAAAUUUAACUUUUGAGGCAUUAUCGAGUGGAUUCAUCCAGAAAGGAACACACUAAAGCAUGAACAUUUUAAGAGGCUUUGAUCGUAGAAUUAACACCAUGGUUUAAACGCCAAAAAUAGAUUUCCAUCAUUGUUAGCUGCUGUUGAGAAAAUUGUCAAAACAAAUUGUCCUGAAAUACAGUAAACACUAAAAACGUUUUGAAAAUAUAUCCUCUAAAUUGAGUGAAAGUUUCUUUGCUGUCAGACCACAAUUGAAAAUGACUUGUGUAUAAUAGUACCACUUUGUGUGCAUUGUUUGUUCAUCUGGCUGUUUAUUUAUUUGAAAGCAGAGUAUCUUCCAACUGUACAAUUGAAUGCAGCCUCAAUUCAUCAAGCGAGUGGUGCAACAUUGACUUCCUUUUAUCCAGUGUGCUCAAUAGAGUUUAUAUAGGCAGCUUGGCAUGCUUUGCACUCUGGAGAACCUCCUCACAGCCAUUUGCCAGAUAUCAGGGAUUUCGUUACAAUUCAUCUGCCUAACACCUCUGACUAAAAUUUUAGCCUUAACCCUCAUUUUGUAUAUAUAGAGAGAGAACAUUGUCAUAAACUGUAAAUUUGCUAUCAGGGCUGUAUCUCCCAAAAGGGUGACUCAUUUCAUCAGUAGACAUGGAAACCUGCUUUAACAGUACCAAUAUUUUUGUUUAAAAUUUCAGCCUGGCUUUGUCUGAAUGCAGGACGAGCCUUCAUGCAUCUUAAAAUUUGGAAUACGUGUGCUUGAAAUGCCACCAUGAUCGUCCACUUGUCCUCACAUAGCCUACACAAGAUAACUAUUGACCUUGUCAUAACAUAUGAAUAAAGCUCAUCUUAGUUUA